AUAAAAAUCCAGAGUUUCAUACAAGAACGAAAAGUCAAUCGAAGGGUAUGGUUCUCUUGUGGGGUUUUUAACGAAUAAAAAUUCAUGCUUCAGAUACCUACCUCAACAAUAGAUGUACAACGACUCGUGAAAACAUAUUUUUAAUUAAGUUGAAAUAACUUGCUAACUACCAACCCAUUCUCUUUCGUAAUAGACACAAAUCGGGAGCCAAUUUUGCUUAGCUUUCUUUUGCUAAAUUUUGAAGGGGAUCCCUUUGUUGGUCAUGCAAAAACCGUUCCCAUUUGCGGAAAAAUUUCAUCUUUUUAUCCCUUCUUUCUUUAUAUCUGAUCUGAAGGAAGAAGCGCGAACUCAGAAAGGAAACGAGCUUCCAGUGCUCAGUCUUGUUCUUCGUAGGCUCUUUUAGGGCUGCAGCAGAGCAGAGGACAUCAUCCUUCAAAACACAUCUUCCCGUGCAAUGGAUAAAAAGGCCACUAGAAAUGGCAUUGAGUUGGUGAGAUCAGCUUCCGAUAAGCAUAUUGAUCUUUUGAGGUCAUCUGCUCGAUAUUUUUCAGCAGUUAAAGGGCACUUAUCAGAUGCCGUCGGCCGUGAACGGAGCAAGUAUACCCUCAUCAGAGAUCCAGAAGAUACCCAACUAGGGAUUUAUGACAAGCCCCUUCCAUGCUUUGGCUGCGGAAUAGGAUGGUUUUCAUUUCUGUUAGGUUUUCUGUUCCCACUUCUUUGGUACUAUGCGACAUUUCUCUAUUUUGGAAAUUACUACCGCAGGGAUCCUAGGGAGCGAGCAGGACUGGCAGCCUCAGCAAUUGCGGCACUGGCUUGUACUGUAGUGUUGCUGGUCCUAUCUGCUAUUCGUUUCUUUCAGCCACUCUCACUCUGAUCCCUGGAUGCUUCUAAAUUACUAUGUGAGCAUCAGAAAAUUGAAGUAAAAUUGCGAGGACAUGUAGAUAACACGGCAGAAGAGCAGAAAAUAUAUAGUUCCAAGACUAUUUUCCAUAAAUUGGAGAUUAGAUGAUAAAAUACAAAAUCCCCUGUUACAAAUACCCUGCAUCUGUAUGGAAACAGAUAUGGAGAAAAUUUAUAUCAUUGUUGAUUUGAAGCU